AUGGUCGCAGCCACUUUUAGUUUUUGCUCUCUGGCAGCACACUUGGUACGAUUGUCAAAAGGCGAGAGACAUGCCAUCGACCGAUGCCCCCACCAGGCCGACGCUGAUGCAAACAACAGUAAAGAAGGAGGAGCUCGCCAAAGGAACAGAAAAGAUUCGUUGGAUCUACGCCAAGUGUCGGUGCUUGCUAUCCUUGAGUCACACGCUGCAGUGGCUUUGUACGCUGUGUUCGUAGACGAGUCAGAGUCGGGAGACAAAGAUCGGUGUCUUAGAUCUGUGUGGUGUCGCCCAGCUCAAUUGCUGAUAGAUCAUGGUGGUGUUUCAGGUGAUUUGAAGAAAUUGCUCGUCCAGCCGACUGGGUUGCAAGCCCGGGAGCAAAGGAUCCUUUACAGAGGGAAGGAGAAGGACAGUGGCGAUUACUUGCAUCUAGUUGGAGUGAAGGACAAGGCGAAAGUAGUGCUCAUCGAGGAUCCCGAGAGCCGCGAGAGGAAGCAAGAGGAGUCCCGACACAACGAACGAAUCUUGAGGACCUCCAAAGCUGUGUCGGCCAUUAAGUCUGAGGUCGAUAAGCUUGCUGAAAGGGUUUUGACGGUAGAGAACGAUGUUCACAGACGAGUCGAGGUCCCCGAGUCCGAAUUCGACUCGCUAACCGAGGCCUUGAUGAUGCUGCUGCUGAAGCUGGAUGGGAUCGAAGCUUUUGGUGACGCUAAAGCCCAAAGAAGGAUUCAGGUCAGGAGAGUCCAAAAAUUUGUGGAAGCCCUCGACGCGUUGAAAAUGAAGAACUCGUCUCCUCCAAGUGUCGCAGCCAAGGAGCAAAGCCCCGCGAAAAACUCGUCCAGUAGCAGCAACGCGGCCGCCAUUGUUGUCACGACCCAGUGGGAAACCUUUGAAACAUCGGCAGGGAAUUUCAUCUCCACACCUCCAAAACCGGCUACCACAGCAAUUGAGACCGAUUGGGAGAGAGCGCUCUUCACAUAGAAGGUAGUGAAGUUUUAUUGGUGGCGUGGUCAUUCAAGGCUCGAUCAUAUAUAGAGAUCAAUCUUUUCGUGAUUGUCGAAUUGGUGCAAGCAAGGAGAAGAAGGAAGAAGAAAGAAGAAGAAAAAAUUGGAGCUUGUAGAAAGAAUGGAAAAGCUAUGGUAAGGAGGAGGCGCAAUUCUUUGUAUAGUAUCAUAAAACAUUUGUUUUGCGGAAUGGGGUUGUGUGUGGUAAUAAAAAAGAAGCGCGAAUGUUUUGGA